GACUUCCUGAUACAGUUCUGAUUCGGAAGGCUAUAGUAGAUAAAGCAGGUCGAUUGUAUAAGAAUUGGCGCAGCAGGCUUCAUAAUUAUUACUUAACAUUUAAAACGAAGGAGGCGGCUCUAAAGCAUGUCCCUGAUGAUAUCAAUGCUUCUGAUUGGCCUAUCUUGGUAGAUUAUUUUAGCAGUCCUGCUUUUGAGAAUGCUCAAUCAUGCUUGCGGGGCAAAAUCCUUUCACGCUGUCAGCUAUGAUGCUCGGGACAUGGUGACUGGCGAGGAGCCAGAUUUGCAUACAUUGUGGCAGUUAACACGCAAAAGGGCAAGUGGUGAAUGGGUUGACGAGGCAUCUAAAGAGAUACAUGAUAAGGUUGUUCAACAGAUUGGUCAGUGCUCUGGGAAUGAAAUUGCAAGAAUUGAACCAGAAAUUAUUGAAUCUGCCUUCAUGUCACUUGUAGGAAAGAAAUCAAACUCACACAAGCGAGGUAUAGCAUCAGGAAGCUCCAUUAGAAAUCAAGUUAAACAGCUACAAACAGAGUUAGAGGCCCAAAAGAAGGAAACAGAGGAUGCUAGAGAAAAGUAUAACGAGGUUAGAGCGAAGCUAGUCGAGGUUGAGUCCCAACUCAUGGAGGAACAUAACAAGCGAGAGGAGUUAGAGGUACGUUUAGUGGACCGUCAGAGAGAGAUGGAUGAGAUCAACAGCCAGGUCCAGAGAGCCAUUCAAGCUGCAUUGUCACAGCCAAAACCACUGGAUUGAAUUAUUUCUCUAUUUAAAUACAUGAAGUCUAUGACACUAGUGUUUCUGCUACUACAUGCCAUUAACCUGCCUAUCUUGACAAAUAGACGACUGAAGAUGGGAAUUCAUCAACGCAUCACAGAAAGAUCUCGGAGGCUUGAAGCACGACUUCAUGAGGCAGAAGAUGUGAUCACAGGACUUGGAGGAGAGUUACGAAGGCUUGGCAUGCGUUAGGAAAGUGAAAAUGUGAACAGUCCUAGGAGCUUCAUGAAACAAUGAAUGUCUAUCUAUGCUCACUUCACAUCCUAACUUUCAUAAUUUUCUUAUAUUUUUCUCUCCAAACAUAUCAUGUACAUAGGCUUAUAUGAACG